CCCGUUUUCUAUCUCCACCUGUUGAAUUUGGAGUUGUCAGAAAGCUACAGACUCAUAUUUCACGGCGAACUGAGUUUCUGCACCACGAACCCCCUAAAAAUGGACGGGGAAAGCCUUAAUAUGCAUGAAAUAAUCAGGAAAGCGAGAGUGGUGUCCGGCAGGUAUUAGGGGAACGUAAAUUAAAACAGGCACAAGUCGGCUUCGCGUGGCUACCUGAGAGAGGCAGGUAAGGGGAGGGAGCUGGGAACUUAGGAAGGAAGGAGUCAUCCCAGCACACACCCUCCUCGUCUGCUGACUCCUCCUCCCCGGCCUCAGUACCGUUUUCACUCUCCUGCCAGCGAGGUGUCUGUAGCGUGGGGCUCUCCAGGACCUUUACCACACUCGGCCAGCCGCCCUCCCUGCCUCGCUUCCCUGCUCCUGUCCCUCGCCCGGUGAAGAUGUGGUUGCUGUGGUGACACAGGAAGGGACAGACCUUAAACCAUGCUCAGGUUUUGGGGGUGUCGGCGGCGCGGGCGGUGGGCGGGCGUGGGCGUGACGGCGCUGGUCGUCUUCCUGGUUGUCUUUCUCUUCAAGGACCCGAGGACGAGCUUCGACGAGAACUCCGACGUCAUGAUCCCGUUGAAGUCCCGCCACAGCAACCAGGAGGAGUAUAUUGACAAGCGGGGCAUCCACGUGGUCGUCGGGCACUACAUGGGCGACGACAUCCCCGGCAAGGGCGCCCCGAACCUGACGGCCGAGAUUCUCAACGCCAAUGGCUACUCCCCCGACCCUAAAGCUGGGGCGUACGGGAACCCGGUGCAGAUCCCAAGCUUCGAGCUGUCCAAGAUGCAGAAGUUGUAUCAUAUCAACCGCUUCAAUCUCCUCGCCUCUGACCGCAUCCCCGUCAACCGAACUCUGCCUGACAUCCGGAAGAAGAAGUGUAUCGAGAAGGCGUACCAGGUGGACAGGCUCCCCACCACCUCCGUCAUCAUCGUCUUCCACAACGAGGCCUGGUCCACGCUCCUCCGCACCGUCCACUCCGUCAUCACGCGCUCCCCCGCCGCCCUCCUGCACGAGAUCCUGUUGGUGGACGAUGCCUCAGAAAGAACGUUCCUCAAGGAGCCUCUGGAGGAGUAUGUGGCCAAGCUCCCCGUGACCGUCCGUGUCCUUCGCUCCCCCACACGGACAGGACUCAUUAGGGCGAGGCUGCUGGGGGCUCAGGAGGCGAAGGGCACCGUGCUCACCUUCCUUGACGCCCACUGCGAGGCCACGGCAGGAUGGUUGGAGCCUCUGCUGUCCCGCAUCGCAGAGGACAAGUCCCGCGUCGUGUGUCCCAUCAUCGACAUCAUCCACGAGGACACCUUCCAGUACGUCAAGUCCUUCGAGCUGCACUGGGGAGCCUUCAACUGGAACCUCCACUUUCGCUGGUACACCCUCGGCCAAAACGAACUCGAGGGACGGAAGAGAGACAUCACGGAAGCUUACAGGACUCCAGCCAUGGCGGGAGGACUCUUCAGCAUCCACAAGGACUACUUCUUCCAGCUGGGUUCCUACGACCGUAAUAUGGACGUGUGGGGCGGCGAGAACUUGGAGAUGUCUUUCAGGGUGUGGAUGUGCGGGGGCUCGGUGGAGAUCGCGCCCUGCAGUCAUGUGGGCCACGUGUUCAGGAAGAGCUCGCCCUACACCUUCCCGGGCCAGGGCGGCGUCGGCGGCGUGCUCUACCGCAACCUGGUCCGCGUGGCGCUCGUCUGGCUGGAUGACUGGUCCGAGUUCUACUUUAAGAUUAACUCAGAGGCGGCUCGAGUGCGGGAUGACGUUGCCGUGCGGGACAGGAUCAUGUUGAGGAAGCGGCUCAAAUGUCACGACUUCCAAUGGUACCUCGACAACAUCUGGCCCGAGCAUUUCUUCCCCACCAAGGACGGCUUCUUCGGCAAGAUCCGCCACGUCGCCCAAGACAGGUGCCUCACGCGGCCGGGGGGUCGGUUGGGGGGCAGCGUUCAGCCUACGGGCACGGCGACGCUGAAGGAGUGUGUCAUCGAAGUGUACCCUCCCCAGACCUUCGUGUUCAACAAGAAGGGCUACAUCAUGACGGACGAGAGUGUGUGCCUCGACGCCCCGGACUACGACUCGGCCAGAACGCCCCAGGUCCGCAUCAUGGCUUGCAACGAGUUCGAGAGGCAGCGCUGGAGCUACGACGAGUCCGCGAAGCUCCUCAAGCACAUCAAGUCCGGGAUGUGUCUCGACCUGCCGUCCAAAACAAAUCCCGACACGCUCUCGCUGCAGAAAUGUGACUCGAGUGCGAAGUCUCAGAGGUGGACGUUCCAACACGAGAAUUGGUUGACGAGUAGGUGAUGGCGGAGGAGGAGUAGCAGGGUGAGUGGAGUAUUAUUGAGAGUGAACACGAGAACUGGUGAUGAGCACUAGGUAAUGGCGGAGUAGGGGCCGGAGGGUGAGAAGAGUGUGAUAUGUAGAGAUAGAAAAUGGAAGAAGGAAAGUGUGGAGUGAAGUGAUAAUAGAGAAAACGGAAGAAGAGUGUGUUGCAAAGUGAUGACAGAGAAAACGGAAGGAAAAAUGUGAUACGGAGUGACGAUAGAGUGAGAAGGAAAGUGUGGUGUGGAGUUGUGAUAGAGAAAAUGGAAGAAAAAAAGUGUCUUGUAUGGAUAUAGAGGAACAAGAGGAAAUAAAUCAGUGUCAGCCUAGAAAAAGGGCGAAAAGAAAAUUGGAGAAAAUGUAAGAAGGUAAAGUUGGGAGCAUACGCUAUGGCUGCGCGUGGCGGCGGUGCUCAUCUCCGUCCCGUUGGCCCCUUUUGAGCGUGUGGUGGGAGAGAACCCUUUAACUCGACACAGGGCAAGCGUAACAUCCGGAUUACCACAGAUUACCUUCCCCAUGUUUCCCCAGGUACUACCCAUUUAUCGAUCAGUCCGAAAGAUUAAUUCAAAUUCUCAGAGGUCCAUGGACACCCGAUACAAAAACUGGACGCCGUGUAUGUGGUGGCAAAGGUGGAUCAGCAGGGUGAGUAGUGAGGAGUGAGGGAGUGAAAAAAAGAUGAGGAAGAAUAACGUGACUAACUUGGUGGUGGGAGUGCCGGGAGAGUAUUGGAAACGUGUGUAUAUUACUACUAAAUCGAAUUAGAAGGAAUCAAAGAAAUAGGGAAGUUACUUGUUUUCAAAGAUAAAUAGUGAACGAUCUAUUUACAAAGGCAGAGAGAAUGGACUUGAGGUCACAUUGAAAGAACCAACGAAAAUAGAUAAUGAGUGACUUACGCUUUCGAAAAUAAGGGAAAGGAGAAGGAGUUUAAAAGCGUACAAGUGAGAGUGGCCUAAAUGUAAUACAAGUGUGAAAAAGUUGCCUUAUCAAAAACAGAAGUAUAAGUGAAUGUAGAUGCUUUUGGACCAUAUGACGGUAGAACAAUAGAAAAAACUUGCCGCCAUCUUUCCCCCCCCCAAAAAAAAAAAAAAAAAAACAGGAAGUGAUUACAGGUAUGAAGGUUAGGUAAAGUAGCAUGCGGUAGGGUGUGUAGGGUGUAGAGGUGUUGUAUGUGAUGUUUGGAGGCGUGUGGUGUUGUGUAGGGGCUUCAGACGGUUAUGAAAGGUGAUAUGUGAUGUUUGGAAGUGUUUGCAUCGGUGUGUCGUGGCUUGUAAUGGUUAGGGAUGGUGAUUUGUGAUGUUAGGAGGCGUGUGACAGUGAGUGAUGGUUAGUGAUGGUUCUUGGCUACGUUAAGUGGUGUGUGGUGAUGUGGUGGUGAGUUGUGGAGUGAGGCGUGUUAGUGGUGAUGGCCAGGUGUGUUGUGCUCACCUGUCAUUUCUGCGGAGACAAAUUGACCAAACAUUCCAAAAAACAAUAAAUAAAGCUGAUGACCGUGCAUUUAUUAUUAUUAUUAUUAUUAUUAUUAUUAUUAUUAUUAUUAUUAUUAUUAUUAUUAUUAUUAUUAUUAUUAUUAUUAUUAUUAUUAUUAUUAUUAUUAUUAUUAUUAUUAUUGCCAUUUUUAUUAUUUUUGUUAUUAUUGUGGAUGGUGUUGUGAUCUACUGUUGUCGUUGUGAUAAAAUUUGUAAUUGAUUGUUAUUUAUUUAUGCUUAGUAUGUUUUUUUAAGUCUAUUAGUAAUCUCUGUGAUCUAUUGUACUACACGAGUAUGCUUGUUCGAUAUUCAUAUUUCGAAACUUCAUAUGUAAAAAGUUUUUUACUCUGUAGAAUUUUUUUUCUCUCUCUCUCUCUCUCUCUCUCUCUCUCUCUCUCUCUCUCAAAUGAAAUAUUAUUGGCUUACGCCAAUGUCCUUUAUAUAUUUUCGACAAAUAAUUGUAAAAAAAAGCUAUCCUGUUGCACGAAGUGAAUUACAAUCUGUGUAUUUUUCGCAUAUUUACAUAAACGUAAUAACUGACUGAUGGUGAUUGAUUGUA